AGAUUGGGAAUAAGGUUCGAAGCGCGAGAAAAUAAAUAGUUUCAAUGUUAGUUGUGUUUAGUGCCGAUUAAGUUAGUAUUUUUUUCGAAAUGUUGUCGGAAUCGAACUGUAAAGUUGAGCCAAGAGUGCCGGAAGAUCUUUUUAAAGGCAUUAAGUAUUAUUUCAUUGGAAGGAUCAGCAAUGAGGUUAAAAAGAUGCUAAAUGAUGGCGGAGCAAAGAAGGAAUCAUAUCUUACAGACAUGGUUACACAUGUCAUUGCUGAGAACGGGGAUAGUACAGAAGUUUCAGAGGCCAAAGAACUUUUUGAACUUCCUGUUGUGCUUGAACGAUGGGUGAUUCUCUCAGUGAAAUGUGGAUGCCAGCUUCCUUUGAAUGCAUUCAACCCAGAGUCCAAUCAGCUGUUUUCAGGUGUAGUCGCAUGUACAUCACAGCUGCCAGCGAAUGAUAGCAAGCUGAUAUGGGUGAUGGUGACAUACAAUGGUGGUCGCUUCCAGGUGAAUCUUAACAAAAAUGUAACACAUCUCAUAACCGGCUCACCGUUCGGGAAAAAAUACGAUUUGGCGAUGAGACAUUCGGACAGGGUCAGGAUCGUCAUGCCGGACUGGGUGACUGACAGCACCGCUGACCGUUGUCUACUGGACGAGACACUGUACCACCCACGACUCGCGAGACCACCCACCCCACCAAAGCCACCGACGCCUCCUCCCCCUCUUCCACAGCCAACUGUUCGAACACACCUGGAGUCGCCCAGGAUGCAGGUGCCGAUGUCAAACCCUCUGGGUGCCCCGCUCCUCGGCAUGCAGCUGAGGGCACCGCCUCCCGGUGUCCACAAGCAGGGCGCCGGAGGCUUCAAUCGUCUCCCGUCCCCGAAGCAGCGCUCCCAGUACUCUCCUCAGGGAAUUCCGACGAGCGCCGCGUUUCAGCCCGCCAUGAUGUCGCCCACGGGACUGUUCCCGUCGCAGCAGCACAGUCCGCGGCAGGGACUCCCUCGACCCGCGCAGCAGGGUCACCAGCAGGCCGGCAUGUACGCGAACCCGGCGGCGGCAGCGGCGGUGCAGAAGCAGCAGGCGGCCGCAUUCGGGAAACGGAUGGCGACGCCGUCUGCGGCGGCGGCGGCGGCGAUGCAGCAGCGCAUGCCGUACAUCAUGUACAUGCAGAACCUGCAGAACAUGCAGAACGCCGGCGGCGGCAAGGGGCUGCGGCAGACGCCGCCGCCGAGCAGCGGCACGGGCAUCAACAUGCAGAUGCAGGGCGCGAAGAUACAGCACGUGCGCGAGCAGGUGCCGCUCACCCUUCAGCAGGCGAUGCAGGCGCGCAUGCAGGCGAUGCAGCAGGGCAACUUUCCGGGCAUGAUGCACCGGCCGAUGGGCAUGCAGGUACCGGGACAGGUGAUGCAGGGAGCGUGCCAGGGCAUGCCGGGACCCGGGCAGGGCAUGCCGGGACCCGGGCAGGGCAUGCCGGGACCCGGGCAGGGCAUGGCGGGGCCCGGGCAGGGCAUGGCGGGGCCCGGGCAGGGUAUGCAAGGGCCAGGACAGGGAAUGCAUGGGCCGGGACAGGGAAUGCAUGGGCCGGGACAAGGCAUGCAAGCGCUGAGCCAAGCCAUGCAGGGUCCUGGGCAGGCAAUGCAAGCCCUUAGCCAGAGCAUGCAGGGAUCUGGACAGGGCAUCCAGGCACCAGGCAUGCAAGUAAUUGGGCAACCCUUGCAGGGUCCUGGACAGGGCAUGCAGAGACCAGGUCAGGGUAUCCAAGUACUUAGCCAGGGCAUGCAGGGCCCUGGACAGGCCAUGCAAAAUCUUAGCCAGACUAUGCAGGGACCAGGCCAGAGCAUGCAGGUGAAUCUCCCGCAGAAUAUGUCUGGUGGAUUGCAGACGAACGCUGGUAGUGGCAUGGUGCUCUCCACACAACAGGGCAUGGCAGCUGCACGCAUGGGCAUGUCGAUUCCUCCAUCGUCGAUGUCUACGAGCUUGGGCAUGUCCAUGGCCCAACAGUCGAUGCCCAGCAACAUGGGCCUGUCGAAGUCCCAGCAGUCGAUAGCCACCUGUAUGGGCAUGUCCGUGUCCCAACAGUCCCUCGCCACGAGCAUGGGCGGCACCAUGCAGAACCUCGCGGGAUUUGCAGCGAACAUGUCGUCCAUGUCUGGUGGUCACCCCACAACUCAGUCAGUAGGUGGCAUGAUGACGGGCGCACACAGCAUGGGCAUGUCUCCGAUGCAGCAGGGUAUUCCGAAGGCUGGCCUCGGCACCUCCAUGAUGAGAAUCAGUGCGGCAGCAGCAGCGGGUGGCACAGUAGCAAGCAACAUGGCUAGGAUGGCCGGCGUGCCGCCGCGCAAUCUGUCGCCUCAGCAAAUGGAAACCAGCACCAGCUCGGCGAUGCCGACGGCCAAGUCCGCCCUCGUGCGCAUGAUCAACAACCGGCUGCACAACCAGGAGGCGCUAGCGCUGCCGCAGGACCCCAACCAGCAUCUCGGCCACCUGCAGAACAUGAUGGGCCAGCAGCUGCAUCAGCAGCAGAUCGCCGGCAUGCACGCGAACGCCACAUCGCCGCGUGCUCUCCGCAACAUCAGCAACAUAAGCCAGGUCCAGUGGCAACAGCAACAUCAGCAGCAGCAGCAGCAACAACAACAGGUAGCAGCGGGAAUGGGCGCUACGCCGCAGCAGUCGCAGACGAUCUACCCGACGAGCGUCAACCAACUCGUGGCUGCCAUGAACAGAAACCGACAGCAGCAGCAGCAGGACAACAAGAUGAUUCCGUCCGUGGUCGUGCCACCCGUGCCGGACGUCGUCCACUACUUCGGACAUGAUCCGCAGAUCCGUGUGCCGGCCGAGCUUUGUCUGCUCGGAUGCAUCUUCGUGAUCGUCGACUACGAGCGCAUCGUCGACUCGAGCCUGCUGCAGUCGUGGUGGAAGGUGAUCGAGCAUCACGGUGGAGAGGUGCUGCCCACCUACCAGCCGCGAUGCACGCACCUCAUGUGCGACAACCAGAAGAGUGCCGUCUAUCAGCAGGCUGUGAGGGAAGGCAAACGCUGUGUGACAGCAUACUGGCUCAACGACUGCCUGUUGCAGAAGAAGAUGGCACCCCCAUGGAGAGCAUUACACCUGCCAACACUCUUUGCUGAGGAGAAACCGCUGAAAAAUCACAUAAUAUGCGUGUCAAACUUCGAGGGCGAGGAGCGCGUGAUGAUAAAGGCAAUGAUUGUAGUGCUGGGUGCCAAGUAUACAGGCUUCAUGACCCGGCACAACACUGUCCUCAUAUCCCGCAGACCCGACGGUAAAAAAUACGAGAAGGCACGCCUGUGGCGCCUCCCAGUGGUCAACGUACAGUGGCUGCAUGACCUCUUGGCGGGACUGACAGAGCCGCUGCGAGCGCCGGACCUGCCCAAGUACACCCAGAUGCAUGCUAGUGACCCCUUCAAGCUGGACGUUACCGCUCUGCCAACCCUCAUGAAUGGGUGGAAGUUACCAGUACCGAUUGCACCAGAGCAGUGGAAGACCAUGGCUGCAAACUGCCAGUUGCGCAUGUUAAGACAAGAGGAGCACGCCAGCACAAAGAGGAAGGCAUCACUGCCUAACCCUCCCAUAAACAAGAAAGCUAGGUAUUUUCCGGAGAUCACUGAAGCAGAAAAGCAGAGUUCACUCUACAAGAAGAUCGUUCUUUUUACCAGCUUCCCAAAAGACAUUGUGGCUGAUUACAGCAAAAAGCUCAUCCAGUUGGGCGGGGAGGUGGCCGUGUCACCACAGAAUUGUACCCACAUGGUCUGUCCUGCAGUGCAGCGUACUGUCAAAUUCCUGUGUGGGAUCAGCAAGUGCAAGCAUAUUGUCACACCUAUGUGGAUCGAACAAAGCUUCAGGGUUGGCAUGUUUGUAGAUGAAUCAAAAUUCGUCCUGGAGGACAUAGAUGCAGAAAGAGACUUUGACUUCAAUCUCAGGGAGUCCAUGAUAAGGGCACAAACGAAACCAGUGUUUCAGGGUUUAACAUUCUAUGCAACGCCUAGUGUGCAUCCCCCACCCACUGUGUUGAAGGAGAUCAUAGAGUGCGCUGGUGGCAGUAUUGUCGUGAAACGACCAUCGUGUAAAAAAAUCAAGGAGUUGAAUCAGAAUGGAUCAACAUUCAUAGUGGUGUCGUGCGACAAAGAUGCCUUCCUUUGCAGAGACCUGAUGAAUUCAAAAAUACGGAUAUACAAUGCUGAAUUUAUAAUGAUGGGAGCACUGAGACAAGAGGUGGAUUUCGUCGCAUUCAUGAUGGAGAGCAGUGCAGCAGAAUACUGAUGAGACACCUGCGCUACAACAUAGGACCUCCAACUGGUCUUUGUGCUAAAAUAAUGUGUAUUCUCGUGCCUUCUAUUCUGCAUUUUCUCUUCUGAGUGUUGGAUCGAGUAAUUUAGAGUGAAAAAUUAUAUAUUUAUAUAAAAUUAAUUGGUAUGUAAGUGUUUCCAAAUUAGACAAAGAUGAAUUAAAUAGCAGUUUGGCUUGAUGUGCACGAAAGAGACGUUAGUGUGCAAGUUGAUCCAUCAAUAAGAACCAUGUGCAGAGAAAACACGCAGCAUUCCAAAUUCAUGUUUAUAUUCUAUAAUCUUUUGUUAGGAUCGCACAAUGCACUUCUUCACAGGGCACCGUUACUAUAACUGCUGUCGGAACUAUGAACUGUUGGCUCUGUUUGUAUUAUAUGUAAAAGGAAGGCUGUGCCAUGUUCAUGUAUUGUACCUGACUGAAGGUCAUUUACCACCGUUAAGCUGAGUAUAUAGAGCAUGUAGUUGCUAUUUUUUACCCACUACUGAAGUGUAAGCAACUGUCUAACCUUUUAAUGUGUGCGUGUGUACAACUGCUAUAUACUUGUAUGCAAGUAUAUAGUUUUCCCAAGCUAGUCUAGACGUUUUGAGUCUUUAGUAGUUUACGUAGUGCAUUUUGCUAGUUGUGUGUAGAAUUAGUGUGUCACUGUCGUCGUCAAUGUACACUCUUAAACAUGCAUCUUGAUCUGUCAGAGGUCAAAAGAAUACUAUGGUAACUACGUAUAUGAAAAAUAUGGAGGUAUUGUUCCUCUAGAUUAGCAUAAGCCAAAUUACUGUGCAAUUAAUAUUUGUGUUUCACAAAAUUACCUUAGUUAAUCAUUUUAUAAUGUCAAGGUCGAAACACUAAUCUAAAUUAGGAUCGUGGUAUGUAUUGGAAUUCUUUGGUGUAGUUUGUGAGAGGGUGCAUGUAGCAUCUACAUAAUUCCUCCCUCACAAUAGGAAAAUAUAUGCCUGACAUCUACCUA